GACAUUGAGAAGGCGGUGCUGGAGAUCGAGCUUGCGCCCGAAAAGGAGAAGGUCGAUACCCUGAAUAAGCAGGUUCAGGAUCUGUGGGCGGCGGCCCGCGUUGGCAACCAGACGGUCAGCAACCUCUCUGAAGAUGUCGCACGCCUUAGCACCAAGCUCCAGUUGCACGAGGAGACUCCUUGA